AUGUCGAUGGAUCUGGAUGCUCCGGUUCCUAUCUCGGGCCUCCAAGCCCAACAACCAGAAGCGACAAUUCUCUGCUAUAAUUGCGGUGCCCCCAUCGAUGGAACGACUGCGGCCGGUGCGCUAUGCACUGACUGCGUGAAGCUGACAGUCGAUAUUUCCGAGGGAAUCCAGAGGGAGGCCGUCCUGCACACAUGCAAAGAUUGCGAACGGUGGUUACAACCACCAAGCACCUGGGUCAGCGCAGCCCCGGAGUCACGGGAGCUGCUUGCAAUUUGUCUGAAGAAGCUCCGAGGAUUGUCGAGGGUUCGUAUCGUCGAUGCCAAUUUUAUCUGGACCGAACCGCAUUCGAGGCGGAUUAAGGUCAAAAUCACCGUCCAACAGGAAGUUUUCCAGGGGACAAUCCUGCAGCAGACUUUUGAGGUGGAAUAUGUGGUAGCAACUCAGCAAUGUCCAGACUGUGCCAAAUCUUACACCCACAACACUUGGCGGGCAGCGGUGCAGGUGCGGCAAAAGGUCCCGCACAAACGAACCUUCCUUUACCUCGAACAGCUCAUCCUCAAGCACCACGCACACAAGGACACGAUCAACAUCAAAGAAACAAAGGACGGACUGGACUUCUUCUUUGCGGAGAGGAACCAUGCGGAGAAGAUGGUCGAGUUUCUCUCUUCCGUCGCUCCUGUGAAGGUCAAGAAAUCGCAGGAGCUCAUUUCCAUGGACGUCCACACUUCGACGAAAUCCUACAAGACUACUUUCUCUGUUGAAUUGAUUCCUAUCUGCAAAGAUGAUCUCGUGGCGCUUCCGCUGAAAUUGGCCCGGUCGCUGGGAAACAUUUCUCCUUUGACGCUUUGUUACCGUGUCGGCACUUCAGUCAACCUACUCGAUCCCAACACCCUUCAGACGGCCGAGGUAUCUACUCCCGUGUACUGGAGAUCGCCGUUCAAAAACCUGGCGGACGUGCAGGAGCUGGUAGAGUUCAUCGUCAUGGACAUUGAGCCUGUUGGAGAGUCGAAUGGCCGGUUCCACCUGGCCGAGGCGACUGUGGCACGUGCAUCUGACAUGGGCGUGAACGAUACGACCUACUUUUGCCGGACACAUCUCGGCGGUGUGCUCCGUGUCGGAGAUUCCGCGUUGGGCUAUCAUCUGUCCGGUGCCAACUUUAACGAUCCUAACUUUGAGGCGAUUGAGCAGAGCAGUCAGUAUGGGUCCACGAUUCCAGACGUCAUACUCGUCCGGAAACACUAUCCCCGUAAGAAGAAGCCCAAGCGGAACUGGAAGCUCAAGCGGAUGGCCCGGGAAGAAGAGGAGCCCAGUCGGCGACAGGAUCAGGAACGCCUGGAGGCUGAUUUCGAAAUGUUCCUGCGCGAUAUCGAAGAGGAUCAGGAACUCCGCAGCACAUUGGCGCUGUACAAGGCGAAGAACAACAAUCGCAGCCGCGGCCAGACGGACAAGAUGGAGAUUGAAGGGGCCGAUGCAGGCGCCGCUGAAGAUAAAAUGGAUGAAGAUAGCGAGAGCGAGGAUGAAGAUGUGCCCAAGAUCAGCAUGGACGAAUUGCUGGAGGACUUUGAUGAAUUGAAUGUGGACGACUGA